UGCGUGAUACGUAGUUUACUACGUGGUAUAGUACUCUCGAGCGCUUUUCAUUUCAAUUUCGUUCCAGCAGCUCGUCGAGACGGUCGUCGUCGUCGAUUUCAUCGUUAUUUCACAGACGCGCUCGCACGUUUCAACACUACAAUUAAUUGUUCCGAUAUUAUUCGAUCAUUGCAGUACGUGUACCGCCGCAUACUAUUCAACACCUCGUCCGCAUUUGCUGUUUUACAAAUUUCAUCAUUGCAACGGCUUUAUUUACGUUCGUCCGUCGAUAUUUCACGCGUGUACAACUGCUGGCGCCCGUUCUUGUUGCAUUGGAAAUAAAAAUUAUUGUCGAUCGUCUUGUGCCACGGCGCUGAAACUAUUGCGUUGAAAUCGGCUGUUGCGAGAGGGAAAUAUAUUGGGAAAAAAAAAAUAAAAAUAUUACGAGACACUUACGCGUCGUUUGAUGUUCGACGGCCAGCGGCUAAUGUCCAACAUUUCAUCCGUCCGGCGGAUGAACAUCGCCAAGACCAAGAAUUUCUUCGUCUCCGUGGCCGUCCACUUGUACAAAGUGGUCGCCGGCAAAAUGGGCGUAAACAGCGCUGAGAAACAGGGUCUUGCGCAGUACAACGAUAUGUUUGAAAUGGCAACUAAACUUUGCCGGGGCUACUUACAAGGUCCCUGGAAGAAGAUAACAGUCAAGGAUAUAACCGUGAAACGAAUUAGUGGUGGAUUAAGUAAUUGGCUUUAUCGGGUAACAUUACUUAAAAGUAAUGCUGAACCCCGUGACGUUUUGAUGAGGUUAUAUGGUCAAACACAUGGCGAGAGUGCGAUAGAAAAUAUAAUCACAGAGUCUGUCAUAUUCACAUUGUUGUCGGAACGUGGUUUGGGGCCUAAGUUACACGGAAUAUUCCCUGGAGGCCGUCUAGAAGAAUACAUUCCGGCUCGGUCAUUGAAAUCUGAAGAGUUGAGCGAUCCAAAAUUAAGCGUUAUGAUUGCAGAAAAAAUGGCCAAUUUACACCAGCUUAACAUUCCAAUUAAUAAAGACUCAACAUGGUUGUGGGAUACCAUGGAUAGAUGGUUACAACAGCUGAUAAAAGAUGCCAACUGGUCAAGGGACAACUUGGAGCUUGAUCAAAUACUGUCUACGAAUCUAUGCGAUGAAACUCGAUGGCUCAAGAAACAUUUGAGUAAACUAAGGUCACCUGUUGUUUUUUGUCACAAUGAUUUGCAAGAGGGUAAUAUUUUAAUGAAAGAAAAUGAAACCUCAGGAUGUCGAUCAUUAUGCCUAAUUGAUUAUGAAUAUUGUGCUUACAAUUAUCGUGGAUUCGAUUUAGCCAAUCACUUUAUUGAAUGGACAUAUGAUUACACAAAUCCUCUGUAUCCACACUACUCAGUCAACCGAGAUCAAUUUCCAACAAAAGACCAACAAACUGAGUUUUUGAAGCGAUAUUGUCAAUGUAUGGGACAUGAAGAAUCAGUUGAAAUAAUAUUGAAUGAAGUAAAACAUUUCAUUUUGGCAUCUCAUUUAUUCUGGGGUAUAUGGAGUAUAGUCAAUAGCCGAAUAUCAAAAAUUACUUUUGGAUAUAGGGAGUAUGCUGUGGAACGUCUCAAAUCUUAUUUUAAGCUUAAAGAUAGUUUGAUAAAUAAUAAAUAAUAUAUAAUGUGGAAAUACUCAUGAGUACUAUAUUAAUGGAAUAGUAUAAUUGUAGACCAAUUUGAAUGAAUAUUCUGGUGAAGACUGAUUUGUAUUUCAAACAUUGGUCCUUAAUUUUGUUAGUCUGAUUUUUUUGUCUUUUUUCACUUAACAUACGUUAAUAAAGUGUUCUUAUAAUCUUA